CGUCUACGGUCUGAUCAUCUGAUGAGUCUCGGUUCGCGAAUUGAGAUCCAACUGUGGCUUCAAAGUUGUAGAAACAGCGAGGAUUGAGAACAGCUCCGGUCUCCCUCGCUUGAUCAUUUCGACCUGAAGCACGAUCCUUGUCUGGCUCCUGUCUGGCUGAGAAGGACUGGCCGCAGCUCCUACCUGCAACCCGUCGCUGUCCCCGCUAGACGGAGGUGCCAAGCUAAACAUGGGGCAUCCGAGCGCACACUCUGCCCAGUGACGCUGAGGUCAGCACAGAAGGGGUGUUGACAUCACAUUGUCACCUUUGUUCCAACGUGAGAUGGCGUCUGGAAAGCGCCGAGGUGACCCCGUGAAGGUGGUGCCCGCUUUGCCUUAUGCUGGCGGGGGCCCUGACCUGCUGGCCCAAGAGAGGCCCAGGCCGGCAAGAAAGCAGAGGGGGAGGGCCAGGCGCCCCCCGCCCCUACUCACCUGGCUGCAGCCAGAAGGGGUUGGGGAGCCCGGGGUGGGGCCCUGCCGGAAACAGCCCGCAAUUGAGGUCCAGAGGGAGGUCGAGCAGUGCGUGCAGAUGGUGACCUCGGUGUGGGGUGGCACACCCAGGAGGGGGGGCGAGGCUGGGGGCGCGGGAGCACGCGGGCUGCGCAGCCAACGCAGGAGGGUGGCACCGCAGGCAGCCCCCUCGUGCAGUGAUAGCGAGAGGGGGGGGUCCAGGGACGAACAGGACUCCGGGUCGGCGGUGCUGCAGGCGCGCUCGAGCAGCGCCACAGGGUCGGACGGAGGGGGGGCGCAGGAGGCCCUCUCCAGCAGCACGGUGGGGUCUACCAGCACGGACUCUCGCGCAUUACUCAGCAGAGGGGCGCAUGCAAGCGAGGCAUCUGGGGCGCGGGGCCCGCAGGACGAGAGAGGAUCCGUGGCGGCCGGGCCCCUUUCCCCUGGCACCAUCUAUGCGCAUCAGCUGACACUGGUGAAGCAGGCCAUCCAGGAGGGGCCGGCACGGCCCCCCGGCAGCGGCCCCCCCUCGCUGGAAGGGUACAUCGCGGCCAAGCUGGACGCAAUGUGCAGGGAGCUCCCGCAGGAGGAGGCGAAGCAGCCAGCCAUGGCAGCAGGCGAGGAGGAGGCCGCAGCAAGCCCCAGGUUCAAAAUUGAGGAAGGGUGCCUGGAGGGCGGGACUGGUGGGGGAUCCCUGGGGUCGCCGCCGCCAUGUGGGGACCACUCCCAGGAGCUGCUGGAGCGCAUUGUGGCGGAGGUGCGCAAGGUGGUGCGAGGGGCCGCGCCGCUGAAAGGCUCCAUCCUCGAGCAGAUUGCUGAAGCCGCCUACAGCAACAAGGGCGUUGCUGUGAGCCCGUGCGAGGCAUGCGGCGUGGCAGCCUCGGCGGACAUGGCGCACAUCCUGUCGGUCAGCCUGGGCCACACCCUCGAGGGCUCCGAGCUGCGCAUUGGCCACGCGGCCGUGGCGCUCCUCAACGCCCGCCUCAACGGCGCCUCCGGGGGCCUGGCCAGCUUUGGCCUGCAGGCGGGGCCCGAGGGUGGCCCCUCCACCCUGCUCAUGCUGCUGGCGUCCGACGCGCUGCCCGCGCUGGACCUGCCCUCCUCCAGCGACUGCUCCUGGCCCGCCGGCGUGUCCCGCAACGGCAGCCCCGCCAGCUUCCUGGGCGCCUUCGAGCACACCUCGCUGGCCGUGCCCUCCGCCAGCGACAGCCGCCCCCUCUUCCCCGCUCCAGCUCCCAGGUUUACUGGCGACGCCGAGCAGCACAGCCUCCUGCCCCCCCUCCCUACAUUCACUUCCACCAUGACCUCAGAGCAAGCGGGCCGGGUGUCCCCGUCUGAAGGGGCCUCAGGGCUGCCCUUUGCGACACCCCCUGCCUGGCACCACGACCUUCCCAAGGGGACGGGGGCUUUCUAUGGCUGUGACUCCACGCUUCACCUGCUUGACGCAAUCAAGGACUCCUCUGCCUGGGAAGCUGCCAUCCCUCACGCGCCGGGCUCCUCGCCCCUGCUGCACGAUGACCCGGCGUACCACUCCCUCCCCGCGUCCCUCCCCGGCCUCACCGCGUACCCGAUGCCCCACGGUGGCAUGUCCGUGCUACUGACCAGCAAGGCGCGCGCGGGGGAGGCCGCGCUGGUGGCAGGGCAGUUGCCCGGAGAGGCGCCGAAGGGGGCUGCGGACAGCGAGGCUGUGCCCAAGGAGAGCGGCAAGCGGGGGCCGGGCCUGAUGGAGGACCUCUUUGGCGGAGAGGGCCCCGCCCCGGAGCGCCAGCUGUCCGCGGACGAGCUGGCCAUCCAGAGCUACCUCGCGGACGACCACACCGAGCUGUGUACUGCCGCCGCAGACGCGUUCCCGGUGGGCCUGGCUGCCGUGGACGACGAGCUGGACCUGGAGGACCCGCUGGCGGCGCCCCACGGUCAGGACUGGGACGGCUUCCUGGGGGGGGACCUCACGGCGCCGUGCCUCACAUCAGGCUGGUCCCAGGCCCCCGAGGCAGGCAGCGCCCACAAUUGCCCCAUGCACGAGAUGUCCUGGAAUGGUCAAGCUGCUGCCAGCGUCGAUGCCCUUGCCCAGAGUGCGAGUACAGGUCGGGAGAGUGCGGGCGGGGCUGCUUGCCUGGAGGUGGGGGAGGGGAAGGUAGAGGCUGCGCAGGGGGACCGUAAGAGUGGGCAGCCUGAGGAUGGGGCGGAGCAUGGCCCUGCUUCUCACAGAGGAGAAGCAGAGGCACAGGGGCUCGCUGCAAGGGAUCAGAGUGUGCUGGCAUGUGAAAGCAGCCCCCUGGUGGGGGAGCCGGUCCCGUGUCCCAUGGAAGGGCAUCCAGGGGGCCCACAACAGAGUCAGAAGGUGCGAUCCCUCACCGAGCUGUACCAAGUGGACGGGCACGCUUCUCUGUGCCAGGGAGGGGCAGAAGAAGGGCGCAAGCGCAGCAAGCGCUGUGCGGGGGGCGUGGCAAGGAGACAGAGAGGGGGUGCCACAUGCACACAGAGGGGCAGCGAGGAGGCCAAUGCAAUUCACCACCACAGCGAGGUCAUCGAUCUGCGGAAUGCCUGAGGUGUUGGAGUGGGUAUGGCGGCUUAACAGGUCCAGCUGGUUGGACCUUGCCGUCGAAGUGCAUUAGCUUUGCAUAUAGGUCGUCGCAACCAGUCAGUAGUGUAGGCAGUUGUGGGUCUAGUCACCGGUAAGCUGAUCGGUUGGCAACCGUGUUGUUAGAGGAGCCGGGAGUGGCCAUGGAGGAUGAGCACCCUGCCAUCAGGUGUAGCUUGAGAAUGAAGCUGGCUCAUCUUAUACCACCAGGCUACAAAAGGCUUAUUUAUGUUUAUCUGGUUACGAUGUUGCAAGACGUCGACUUAUUUGGCUUGUUUUCGGGAGCAGCUUUGGCAUUCGUGUAGCGGUAGUGUGCCAAUGUAGAAUCAUCAAAGUCCAAUAGUUAGAAGUGGUAUGCAACUUUGCUCCUGACUUGGGACUGUAGAGGUUGUGGGGACUUGAGCCUCAUUGGGUUGAGCAGCGAGUGCAACUUAAGAUGACUUACCACAAGCUGGAGGGUGCCAGGUGACCG